AUGGCAGUUUUUAAUUCUGCAAAAAAUUAUCUGUUACAAAAAUUGCCAAUUCAGUUAUCAAAGCCAAAAGUUGCAAUUAUAUGCGGCUCAGGUCUUGGGGGUUUAGCUGAUAGUAUUAGUAGUGGUAGUAAUAAUAAUGACUAUGAUUCUAAGAGCAAAAAGAGACUUGAUGGUGAUGAUGCAAUCCCGAAAAUUGAAUUUAAAUAUGAAGAGAUACCAGGAUUUGUUAAUAGUACAGUUGCUGGACAUGAAGGAAAAUUGGUUUUUGGGCUGAUUGGGAAAAUACCAGUGAUUUGUAUGGUUGGUAGAUUUCAUUUUUAUGAAGGCCAUGACUUGAAACAAGUCACUUUCCCCAUAAGAGUUUUUAAAUUGAUUGGAGUAGAAACUUUAAUUGUAACGAAUGCAACAGGAUCGCUCAAUAGUGAGAAAUUUAAAGUAGGAGACAUAGGUGUAAUAAUUGAUCAUAUCUCAUUACCGGGACUAACAGGAACUAAUCCUUUAAUUGGACCUAAUCUGAAUAUUGGCCCAAGAUUUAUUCCAAUGUCAGAUGCUUACGACUAUGAAUUACGUGAAAAGGCAUUCAAAGCUGCCAACAUAUUAAAUUUUUCUAAAGGAUCAAUAAAAGAAGUGGUCUAUUGCUAUGUGUGUGGUCCAACUUAUGAAACAAGGGCAGAAGCAAAAUUCUUAAAAUUUAUAGGAGGAGAUGUUGUUGGUAUGUCAACUGUGCCUGAAGUGAUUGUUGCAAGGCAUUGUGGUCUUAGAGUUUUAGGAUUGAGUUUGGUAACCAACAAAGUGGCUAUGAGUGAUGUAAGAAGCGCUGAUCCCUCAAUAAAAAAUGUUGGUGCCUAUGAUGAAUUCAUUGUAAAUCACGAGGAAGUUCUUGAAACUGGUAAAGCUAAAGCCAAAGAAAUGCAACAAUUAGGGCUACACGAUGAUCCACAACCUUCUUUUUUCGAUCCUUUUGACAACUCUAUAACCAGAGUGCCACAAAAAAACAUACCUUUUAACCGAUUGCUCCUUCGGUCUGAUGCCUAUUUUAUUAUUAUCUGUCCUGGCCCUUUAGAUGAGGUCAAGAAGAUAAGACAAGAAUGCAAUUUCGAUAAAUAUCCAUAUCCGUUUAUCGUUGAUGAGGAUCUUGCUCUUGCAACUUCAAUUGGACUUAGAUUAAAUCCAAUAUUUUUUGGACGCGGACCAGGUUUCUAUGGUGACAAAGACCUGUUAAAUUUUUUGAAGGAGCAUCGUAUCCAAGAAGAAAAAACAGCUCUUAAAUCUAUUCGUAGAGCCAGGGAAUUACAAAUGGGCCUCAAGAUACUUGGAGUUAUUUUCGAGUAUCUUGACUUGUUGGAGAUAGUAAAGACCGUUAUGGCUACAUGCCAGCAAUGGAGAGAAAUCGGAAUAAACAUUAUUUCCAGACGGUUAAGGUGCGAAAUAGAGCGCAUAUCUGAAUCUCUGGUCUAUUUUUCUGGUACAAAUCGAAAAAAUAAUGAUGACGAUGAUAAUGUUGAAGGUAUUGUUGAAACUCAACAAGAUGGUGAAAGAUCUCCACGAAAUAAUUGA